AUGCCCCAAGAGCCCCCGCUGACCCAUUGCCUGGAAACCACUGCCCUCAGCCUCCUUCUCCAGAACCAAGCCCUAGGGGUGUGCGGCUUCUUGGUCACUGUCAGCACCUCCUCCCAGCCCCUCUCUGCCCUACACUCCCACCCUCAGCUCCCAACCCCUAGCCCCUGGAUACAAGAGCCAGGUGGUCCCCUUUCCUCCUAUGAGUCCAGCAGACCAGCCACUGACUUGGCAGAGCCUGUUACCCACCUCCUCCCCAGCUUCAAAAGAUCAAUACAAGACAGCACCCUACCUCCCAGGAGCUCCAAGGCCCUGUGA